AUGAUCCCUCGGUAUCUGUUCCGAGCCUAUUCCCCAGGGUCCGAUGGCAUAAACAACAGCAUGGGGUUCAGUUGUCAAGCCAUCUCCGAGGAGUGCAACACUAUCGCAAGCCUGAAAGAUUUAGAGCGGCAGGACGCGCGACGCAUGCUCAAAGACCAUGUCCUUUGGGCCAGCUGGAAAGUCCGACAGGACGACAUAUUGAUAUCUUUCUCGUCUUCGUUCCUUUUUACCGUCCAGCAUUGUAUCAGGAAAAUCGAAAAAUGCUAUAAUACCACAAAAGAUAACUGUUUCAUCACUAUACUGGAUACCAAAUGCUAUCCAGAUGACACAUUCCAGUGGACCGUUGACCUGCUUCGCAAAUACAACUUGGAUGAGUACGACCACAGGAAUCUGCUGCAUACAUAUCACGAAGGGGAAUACCUGGCUGAGCAUGAGCUGUACACCAGCGCACCCGAGCAGGCAUGUCAUGUUUCCUUCUCAAGCAUUGAGGCCAGUAUGUACAGAAUCGCGCCUGAUCUCAAGGAACCUCAACAUCGGAACAACCUCGUUUACGCCAUGCGUGCCUUCCGAGCACAGUGGUAUUCGAGGCCCGAGGUCGUCUCCGACAGUAAUAUUAGGCAGGCACUGACACUAGCUAGCAACUUUGGUGGGAAAUGGUUUCUUCCGAUGUCAGUAUGGGGUCUAGCGAUGAGGCAUCGCGAACAGAACAGCAUCCGGAUGUUAGCAGACAGGCUAAUAGGUAUGGACGACUUUCCCUUUCCCUACAUGUAUCGCGACCGGACGGUGGUCCCGGCAACGCUUCGAGAACUGCAGGAGUGGAAGGAUCUGAUGGAAUCAUUGUUCUUGCGUUCUGAGAAUCGCAAGCGCGAAGAUGACCCUGUUGGAGGUUUACUAGGAUCCUUUCCCAAUCUCGGUAUCGCUGAGAAUUAG